GGCAACUCGGCGCCUCCUAGCAACCGUGCUCAGCCCUGCCAUGGCGGCCGCGAGUCCCAGCGUCUUCCUGCUCAUGGUCAACGGGCAGGUGGAGAGCGCCCAGUUUCCUGAGCACGACGAUCUCUACUGCAAGUACUGCUUUGUGUACGGCCAGGACUGGGCCCCCACGGCGGGGCUGGAGGAAGGCAUCUCACAGAUCACGUCCAAGAGCCUGGAUGCGCGGCGAGCGCUGGUGUGGAACUUCCCCAUUGAUGUCACCUUCAAAAGUACCAACCCCUAUGGCUGGCCACAGAUCGUGCUCAGCGUGUACGGGCCGGAUGUGUUCGGGAACGAUGUGGUCCGAGGCUACGGGGCAGUGCACGUGCCCUUCUCUCCUGGCCGGCACAAAAGGACUGUCCCCAUGUUCGUCCCCGAAUCUACGUCCAAACUGCAGAAGUUCACCAGCUGGUUCAUGGGACGGCGGCCCGAGUACACAGACCCCAAGGUGGUGGCUCAGGGGGAAGGCCGGGAAGUGACCCGCGUCCGCUCCCAGGGCUUCGUCACCCUCCUCUUCAACGUGGUGACCAAGGACAUGAAAAAGCUGGGCUAUGACACCGGGCCUCCAGACACACAGGGGGUCUCGGGGCCCAGCCCGCCCCAGGGCCUCCCCACCUGAAGGCAUCGGCCCCCCGCUGCCCACUGGGACGGCUGUGCGGUCGCACAGGCCUGCGACCAUCUGCUUCAAGUGCAGCCACUGGGUAGAGGGUGGAGAGGGGAGUUUUAUGUAAUAAAAGUGUCACCUUUUCACAGA